UUAAAAAAGUCAUCUCUAUUUUUGUUUGGAUUUCGGCAAGAAACACCAAACAAACCAACAACUACUGAUUAUGUGUGUGCAAAUUAAUUUGAUAAUACAGUAAUUUAAAUGUAAUAUUAUAUUUUUAUUUCUCGUAAUAUUUGAUUGUCGAGAAAGACAAUUCUAACUGCAAAUUAUAAUGAACUAGAGUAAACAAACUUAUCUGGGAGGGGGGGGGGCUACAAAAAAAGGUUCUCCCGGUUUUGGGCAAUUACAACUCAUUAAAAUUUCUGUGUUAACAGUAAUUAACUUAUCUAACCCCCUUACACUGUUACGUUGUUCCUUACAAUUAGUUCAUGAAGAAAUAUCACUGUCACCUAAUUGAAUACAUCAUUGGAAGCUGGUUUACUGGGUCACAAAACGAGCUCGAAAAACACUCGCAGGCCGAAUCAUUGCAGUUGGAGACGACCCCAACGCGCACGUUUCCGUCUCGUGCGUGCGGUGCUCCCUGGCGGGCGGGCGGACUCUGGUCUGGACUGUUCUGGACGUCCGCGUUCGCGCGCGUUUCAAUUUCGCCCUUUGCCCCGAGCAGAGGCGCGUCCGGCCCCCCCCCCCUCCCCCCGCGCAGGCGGAACGGAUGGGCGAUCAGCGAGCGCGUGACGUCGCGCCGGGUGACGCAAGCCCGCGUGAGCUUUCGUGAUUGGCUGCUUCCCGUGUCUACGCGAUGCGAGUAUCAGCCGACGAGUUGGAGAGCCACGCAUGGCUUGGCCUUUAAAAGGCCGGCGCUUGAUCCGUUGCGUCAUUCAGACGUGAGGAAGCGACUUGUUGUGAAUUCCUGUUUGAGCGGAUUUAGUGUUUUGUCAUGAAGACACCAUCUGAAGAUGUCCCUGCUGCGGCAGCAGAACCUCAGCCAGAACAGACCUGCCCCUGCGAGCCUCCUGCGUUGCCGAACAUCGAAUGCGUGGACCGCGUCAAACGGUUACCUAUUGUGGAAGCUGCGUGGAAUCAAUCUACUGCAAUCUACAACAACGUUAAGGGAUACAGUCCUGUUCUGACGUGGACCUUGGAUACUGCUGAGGCGACUGUCAACAAGGCGGUGGAGCAGACUCUUCCUGUUGUGGCACCUAUCGUUAAGAAAUUGGAGACUCCAAUAGGCAUGGUGGAUAAAACUUUGUGCAAAGGAUUAGAUGUCGUUGAAAAUGCGGUCCCUUGCAUUAAACAAGAACCAGCUCAGAUUGCAGAAAACGCUAAAUCUCUGUAUGACCCCGCCUGCCAACAAGUCAAAUCUUUGCAAGAGCUUAGUUGGAUAACUGCUAAUCAGUUCUUGCAUACAAAUGUUGGUCAUGCCAUAAUUGGCGGAGUCGACAACUUAUCAUCAACUGUAGACAGAAUCUUGGACUUUAUUCUGCCCCCUGGAGAACCGCUAGGUUUCCCUAGAGCCGAGAAAGUAAUGCAAGCUCUCCAAACAAUUGGUGGUCUUCCACAUCGUGCAGCUCGUCAUGGAUAUGCUACGAUCUGUAACAUUAUUCAAGUAGCUGGCCAACAGGAUGUGCGAGAGAACCUUAGGGCCAUCCUUACCCUUCUUCACAUUCAAAACUUGUCAUCUUCCCUUUCUUCUGAAAAUACAUCUACUUCUAUGGCUUCGCCUUCUACUUCAAGUAGUAACGACUCUCCGCCUGUCAAGCCACCUGCUCAGCUGCAGGAAGUCCACUAAAACAUUUUUUAUUUCCUCCUUUGAAGACUGAACUUAUUUAAUGUGAUAUUGUAGUUGCAAGUCUUUUUUUUAAUACAUAUAUUUAUAUCUCACUAUUUUCAAUAAAAAGCUUUAUAAAAGCCUGCAAUGUAUAAUGUCUUUUUUUUUUCCCCCCCCCCCUUUCUGUUGUUAGUGCCACAAGUUAAAAUUAGUUGCUUCAAACUUCAUUAUAACAUUAUGUUCAACGACUUCUUAACUUUGAUCCUAUUAGUUGCUAUAAAGAGCUCCAGGAGCAUUAGUUUUUUUGCUUUUAAAAAAUUAUUCCUAUCGAGUGUAUUACAAUGUUCCCAGCAUUCUAUUAGUUACUAUACCAUGUAGAAAUAAACAGAUACAAUUGUAGGAAGAUGGGGGGGGG